AGCGUGUCGAAGGUCACGGCGCGCUCACAAUGGAGCUCUCGGAGUAUGUGCAGAAAGGCGUCCAGAUGCUGGCGGAUCCCAGCAGCUUCGACCCCAACGCCUUCACGCUUCUCCUCCGGGCGGCUUUCCAGAGCCUGCUGGACGCCCAGGCGGACGAGGCCGUGUUAGAUCAUCCAGACUUGAAACAUAUCGACCCAGUAAUAUUAAAACAUUGUCAUGCAGCAGCUGCAACUUGUAUACUGGAAGCAGGAAAGCAAAGAGUUGACAAAUCAACGCUAAGCACUUAUCUAGAAGACUGUAAAUUUGACAGAGAGCGAAUAGAACUGUUUUGUACGGAAUAUCAGACUAAUAAGAAUUCCCUUGAAAUCCUACUGGGAAGUAUAGGCAGAUCUCUUCCUCAUAUAACUGAUGUUUCUUGGCGAUUGGAAUACCAGAUAAAGACAAAUCAACUUCAUAAGAUGUACAGACCUGCAUAUUUGGUGACCUUAAAUGUAGAGAACACUGAUUCGGGAUCCCACCCAGAGAUUAGUUUUAGUUGCAACAUGGAACAAUUACAGGAUUUGGUGGGGAAACUUAAAGAUGCUUCGAAAGGCCUGGAAAGAGCAACUCAAUUGUGA